AUGAAAGUCUUCUUCAUCGCCGCCGUAGCUCUUCUGGGCAGCUCUUUCGCCGCACCAGCUACAGAUAUAGCCCUAGUCAAGAAAUCAUCUCACCUUGUCGACACCAUUCCCUACGAUGGUCUCCCCAGCGUCAAAGUCGACCUCGACGCUCUCCGCGCUGAGCAGAAAGCAGGACAAACUGGGACUACUAAUUUAAAGGUCAAGCGGUCCUCUAAAGCUAAGCCAAAGAAGAAGACAUCAAAGAAACCGUCUGCCAAGGCGUCGGUCAAGAAGACCAAGUCUGGAAAGAAGCCCAAGACUACUCAUUCAAAGAGAUUGCUCAAGUCUUCAUCGACCGGCUUCAAGAACGGUCAGGAUCUUGUUGAUUCCUUGGAUAGUCUUGUUGCUCAGAUCACUGCGCGCGGUGACAGAAUCAACGGAACACUCCUUAGAGUUCAGGCCGGAACAGAAACUCGCCAAAAAGGCACCACCGACGCCCUCAAAGAAAUCAUCCAAAUCCGCGCCGCAGUCUCUGGCGCCCUAACCAGACUCUCCACCACAAAAAAACUCAAACUCACCAGCGAUCAACGCGCCGACGUCCUCAAUCUCGUCGAAGAACUUAUCCAAGAAGUCCUCGACAUCGUCAACGACCUCCUCAAGACUCUCGGUCUGAAGCUUAGCCUCAAAGCAUCGCUUAAUCCCCUUAUGAAUAUGCUGAGCGACUUCCUAGGCGGUCUGGCAGUGACUGAUGGCAAACUUACGCCAGAGUUGCGCCAGCGCUUGGGGGAUCUGAUUAGAGCUCAGGUUAACGGUGAUGAUACGCCGGGUUUUGAUGCGCUUGGUAGUGGGAUUGAGAAUCCGCUUUUGCGUCUUCAUGGGUCUCUGAAGACUAGUGCUGGAUCGAACUAG